AUGUGUGUUGACCAUGGCUUUCCGAGUCGACCAAGUGCUCUGGCAUACGAUCCAAAGUUGAAGCUACUAGCUAUUGGCACAAAAUCUGGAGAAGUGAAAGUAUUUGGAGCUCCAGGUGUAGAGUUUGCAGGCCAGCACGAUAAAGAUGUUUCUGUCAAUCAGCUUUUCUUUCUUCAGGAACAGAGCCGUCUCAUCACACUGUGCAGUGACAAUUCUCUGCACUUAUGGGAGACCAACGAGAAGAAGGAUGGCAAUGCAAUUUUGGAAGAAGUCAAGGAGUUUUCUAUGGAAAGCAAUAAGCUGAAAACCAUCUCUGCAUGUUGUCUGAGUCCAAACAAUGACAAAUUGCUGAUGGGCACUGAAGGUGGAAAUAUUCACUUGUUGGAUGUUAACUCCUUCACCCUCAUGGAGCAAAUUAUCUACCAGGAUGUUGUCAUGCAAAAUGUGCAAGGGGAUGAUUUUAAAGUGAAUCCAGGUGCUGUAGAGUCCAUUACUGUGCAUCCCACCAACCCAGACAAGUUUUUGAUUGGCUACAACCGUGGCUUGAUUGUAAUGUGGGAUAACAAGGCCAAUGAUGUUGACCACACCUACAAUGCAAUCCAACAGCUGGAGUCAUUAGCCUGGCGCCGGGAUGGCAAUGAAUUCAUCAGUGCACAUACAGAUGGUAGCUAUGUUGUAUGGAGUGCAUCCGAUUCUUCUGCUCCUAAAGAAGCUUCCACAACUCCUUACGGACCUUUUCCUUGCAAAGCCAUCAACAAAAUCCAGUGGAAAACAUCAAAGACGGCCCCAUUUUACAUAUUUUCGGGUGGCAUGCCUCGUGCAAGCUAUGGCGAGAAGCAUACUGUAACGGUAAUGCAAGAAGAGAAUCAAGUAGUGUUUGACUUCACAUCCAAAGUCAUUGAUUUUGUCACUAUCACCAGAGCCGAUGAGAAUGACACUGAGAACGACCGCCAAGACUACGAUGAACCUCACGCCCUAAUUGUGCUGGUAGAUGAAGAGAUUGUGGUCAUUGAUUUGGAUUCUCCCAAUUGGCCAGCCUUUAAGUUGCCAUAUUUAAAUAGUCUCCACUCUUCAGCCAUAACUUGUGCUCAUCAUGUUGUCAAUGUACCAGAACAACUAUGGCAGAAGAUUAUUGAUGCUGGGGAAACUCAAAUUGGCAAAUAUUCUCACAGGAGCUGGCCAAUUGAUGGUGGUAAGAACACUUCCACAGAAACUUUGACCAGAGAUUUGCUUCUUACUGGCCAUGAAGAUGGUACAAUCCGAUUUUGGGAUGCUUCCAGCACCAAUCUCACAUUCCUGUACAAACUGAACACUGCCAACAUCUUCACUGGUGAAACCUCACAGCCAGAUAAUUCUGGGGGAGAGGGAGAAGAAGAAUGGCCCCCUUUCAAAAAGGUUGGCAGUUUCGAUCCUUACAGUGACGAUCCACGUUGGGCAAUCCAAAAGAUUGCUCUCUGUCCCCUCAGCGAGACGCUGAUGGCUGCAGGCACUGCUGGUCAAGUCAUUGUCUUACAAAUGGAACGUGAGCACCGUGAACAGGAAGUAAAACAUGUAACCAUAGACAUUGUGAGUGACACUGAUAACUUUGUAUGGAAGGGCCAUGAAGCACUGACGCUUCGGGAAGGUGACCUCAAGUUUGCCCCUGGCUUCCAACCAACUUGCGUCAUGCAGCUGUCACCACCUGCUGCUUGUACUUCACUUACAAUCAACUCGGAGUGGCAAGUAGGGGCAGCAGGUACAGCUCAUGGAUUUGCUCUUUUUGAUUACUGUCAAAAGAAAGGAAUUACUUCUCGUUGUACACUUAACCCCAAUGAUGUGUCUGCUGGAGUCAUGGCUGAUUCCAUUCUUUCAAGAAGAAAGUCUUUGAAGAAAUCCCUUAGAGAAUCUUUCAGACGAUUACGAAAAUCUCGUGCCAAACGGGAGAAGGCUAAGAAAGAAAAGAGAGCCAAGAAGAAUAAAGACGUGAUUGGUGAAACGGUAGAAUCUGGUGAGGCGGCAGCAGCUGCUGCUGCUGCAGCUCCCGAAGGAGCUGCAUCUACUGAAGGAGCCACUGCCAGCGCCUCUCCUCUCUCUUCCUCUCCGGAGAUCAAACCUAUGGAGCGACAGGUUGAAGCCCGUAGCCUAGAUGAUUCUAUGGCUUCCAUUGUCAGGUUCCUUUAUUUUGCUGAUACCUUUGCUGUUAGUGCUGCCGCUCAUCAGCCUACUUUGUGGGUAGGUACUAAUGCAGGCCAUGUCUACAUCUACACCAUCAUAAUACCUCCCAGUGACAAACGCGCCUCUGAAUCUGUCAGUUGUCGCCUAGCAAAAGAGAUCAAGCUGCGUCAUAGAGCUCCAGUCAUUUCUAUGGCCGUGGUAGACAAACGUGCCCGCGUUCUCCCAGAACCUCUUGAAGUCCAACAUGAACGCGCAAAAGCACCAGACAUGAGCGGAGAACAUCAGCUCAUUGUUUGUUCAGAAGAACAGUUCAAGGUAUUCUCCCUUCCCAGUCUGAAACCUGUAU